AUGCUGAUUUCAUUAAUUACAAAUAAUACAAACAGAGAGAGUCCUCAUUCUACAGAGGCGCCGCGACAAAAUCAAAAUGAGAUUUUCUCGGGUGUCUGGUCUGCUUGUGAUAGUUUGAUAAAAGAAGCCGAAGACGACGAGCCUUUAUCAAACAUGUCUAUUCAGCCUGAGCAAGAGGAAGUAGAAUCUUAUUUAAGAUUUCCAAACAUUCCAAUCAAACAAGAUCCAAAGAUCUAUUGGCGCCAAGAAGAUAAAUAUCCAAAAUUAAAAAAGCUUGCACAAAAAUAUUUGUCUUACCCAAUGAGCUCAGUUGCUUCAGAACGUCUCUUCUCAACUGCAGGCCUGAUACAAAAUGAUUUGCGUAACAGAUUAUCUGCUGAUAAUUUAAAUAAACUUUGUUUUCUUAACAAAAAUCUACCAAAACGAGGAGAAAAAAAUGUUAUCCGACGCGGCCAUCGUUAUCGAGGACAACUGCUACCUAAGUCCGACGACAUCAGAAUAACACGACUGGAACACGAGGACGGCAUAGCACCGGAGGUGGACUUAUGGGAAAAUACACAAGCGAUAUUGGAAAUAAGCGAGGACACGGAGAGGGAGAAAAAAACAGUGGGAAAAGGGAUUGGAAAGGAGAAAAAGAAAGUGGGAAUGAAAGUGACAGAGAAAAUGAUGGAAAGGAAGUGGAAGAAUUCAACAUUAUUCACUAUGAUAAAGCAAAUUUGGCACACCAAAUACACCGUGCCGACCGCGGUAAAGGUAGUACCGCGCCUAGAAAGAGAGGCAAUGAAGGCAAAGAAACAGAUAAUAUACAAUACGGUAAACGCUCUAAAAGAGAUAAUGAAGAGUUUUGUUUUAUAUCUGAAGAGAUCAAAAAAAAACAUCGCUUACACGUCCUUCGAAAGUUUCGAAGAGUGGAGUUCAAAAAUAGAAUUAUCCACGAUAUAUUCGAGGGUCCAGAAACUGGAGAACUCGAUAGAUUUCAUCGAAUUUUGUUUCCCAAUUUUCAUAGAGGAGUAUCAGGCGUGGGCAGAGAAAAUGGAACAAGAAGUACAGAUGGAGAGCGACCUAGAAUUACAGAUCGCACAGGUCCGAAAGUCUUCGUCAUUGCCACGCACAAUCACAACCUCCACGUCAUCCACGACUGCUCAUAUUCAGGAAGCACUUGCAGAUGCAGUAUCAUCAGACGCAUCUCAAACUUUCGAGUCAAUGGACGAAGCGCCGGUACAGAAGAAGAAGAAAGUAUCUUUUCGAGUACCGAAAGAUACACACAAGAGAUCCUCGAAGACCACGAAAAAGAGAAGUUUGGAGUCAGCGACAUCGGAAGAGGAGGAGGAUAUGACUCUGGAAGAGGAAGAACCCAAGAAGAAAAUGAAGAUGACUUUCGGCUAGACCCCUUCGACGACCUUCUGUGAACAUUUCUGAAGCACUGCAAUAACGUUUCAGUUUCAUUAGAUGUCGAAAGAUGUUAUUAUACGUUACUCGUAGGCCAUCAUGUGCUUUUUUCGUGUAUUCAAUCCAGAGUUGACACGUAUAAAAAUGUUGGCAAAAGGACCUAGAGAGUGUUAAUUUCACAUCAUUAGAAGCAUAUUUUUACAAGUCAAGGGGCUGAGCAGCACCAUAUCACAUAUAUUAUUUGAUAAACAAAAAAUGAAGGUCAAACUCGCCACUUAACUACUUAGCAACUCCGUGGCAGAUGCACUACAAUUCUGCAAAAACAAAUUAAAAUUGACAACGUUUGAUGAAUGCAAUGGCACUAUUAAUUUUAUAAAUGUAAUAAAUAACGUUUUCGACGUACUCAACAGCCACUCUAUUCGUCCUCAGGGUUGAAAAAAGCCAUGUGCCCUGAAAAAAUUGGCUUUAUGAGAGCAUUAUUCGAAAGUGCUAUCAGUUAUAUAAACAACCUAAAACUACCUACAGGAGAAGUAAUAAUAAAAAGUAGACGAAAAAUGGGAUUCUUAGGUCUGAGUAUUGGAAAGAAAAGUGCAUUAGCACUCUUUGAGCACUUAGUCGAGGAUACCAAAGUUUUGAAGAAAUAUAUUCCUCUAUAUAAAAUUAGCCAAGAUCAUUUAGAAUUGUUCUUUUCUGCUAUAAGAGCUAGAAGAGGAUUCAAAACCAAACCCAACGCUGUACAGAUUCGUGCCAGGUAUAAAAAAAUAUUAGUAAACGCCGGAGGGUGGAGUCGCUAAUUGUAUACCUUUACAACAAAUUAAUAUUUUGACAUGUUCCAGCAAUAAUCCAGUACCUGUAAUUAACCAACUAUCCACAAUAAAAGAUUUCGCCUAA